AUGUUCCGAUUGCCAACAGUUUUGCGUGUAAGCGCCGCCCGGCAGGUGGCGGCCAGUCGUGGCUACGCCAAGGAUGUUCGCUUUGGGCCGGAAGUGCGAGCUCUCAUGCUGCAGGGUGUCGAUGUGUUGGCCGAUGCCGUUGCCGUCACGAUGGGACCGAAGGGUCGCAACGUUAUACUGGAACAAAGCUGGGGCUCGCCAAAGAUCACGAAGGACGGUGUAACCGUGGCGAAGGGUAUCGAGCUAAAGUGCAAGUUCCAGAACAUCGGCGCGAAGCUGGUGCAGGAUGUGGCGAACAACACGAACGAGGAGGCCGGUGACGGUACCACGACGGCCACCGUGCUAGCACGAGCUAUCGCCAAGGAGGGUUUCGAGAAGAUUUCCAAGGGUGCCAAUCCGAUCGAGAUCCGACGCGGUGUUAUGCUGGCCGUGGACACCGUCAAGGAACACCUAAAGACGCUCUCGCGCAAAGUGAACACACCGGAGGAGAUUGCGCAGGUGGCCACCAUCUCGGCGAACGGUGACCGUGCGAUCGGCGAUCUGAUCAGCGAGGCCAUGAAGCGUGUUGGCAAGGAGGGCGUGAUCACGGUGAAGGACGGCAAGACCCUCAACGACGAGCUGGAAGUGAUCGAGGGCAUGAAGUUCGACCGUGGCUACAUCUCGCCGUACUUUAUCAACUCGAGCAAGGGUGCCAAGGUGGAGUUCCAGGAUGCGCUCGUGCUGUUCUCGGAGAAGAAGAUCUCGACCGUGCAGUCGAUCAUCCCGGCCCUCGAGCUGGCCAACCAGCAGCGUAAACCGUUGGUGAUCAUCGCGGAGGAUGUCGACGGCGAGGCGCUGAGCACGCUGGUCGUUAACCGGCUGAAGAUUGGUCUGCAGGUGGCCGCCGUGAAGGCGCCCGGUUUCGGAGACAACCGCAAAUCGACGCUCUCCGAUAUGGCGAUCAGCACGGGAGGUAUCGUGUUUGGCGAUGAUGCCAAUCUGGUGAAGCUCGAGGACGUGCAGCUGUCCGACCUGGGACAGGUCGGUGAAAUUACCAUCACCAAAGACGACUGCCUGCUGCUCAAGGGUCGUGGCACGCAGGAGGACGUGAAUCGCCGGGCGGAUCAGAUCCGUGAUCAGAUCGCGGAAACGACCUCGGAGUACGAGAAGGAAAAGCUGCAGGAGCGCCUGGCACGCCUGUCGUCCGGUGUGGCCGUACUGAAGGUGGGUGGCUCGAGCGAGGUGGAGGUGAACGAGAAGAAGGACCGCGUGAAUGAUGCGCUGUGCGCGACUCGGGCGGCCGUCGAAGAGGGAAUCGUGCCCGGUGGUGGCACCGCACUGAUCCGCUGCUCGCCGGCGUUGACAAAGUUGAAGGGAUCGAACGCGGAUCAGGACACGGGCAUCGAGAUCGUGCGACGGGCCCUGCGGAUGCCGUGCACACAGAUUGCCAAGAACGCCGGCGUCGACGGUUCGGUCGUGGUGGCGAAGGUGGAGGAGCUGCAAGGAGACUUUGGUUACGAUGCCCUCAACAACGAGUACGUCAACAUGAUCGAGAAGGGUAUCAUCGAUCCGACGAAGGUCGUACGGACGGCACUGUCCGAUGCCUCGGGUGUCGCUUCGCUGCUGACCACGGCCGAGGCCGUUGUAACGGAGAUUCCAAAGGAGGAACCGGCGGGCGGACCAAUGGGCGGCAUGGGAGGUAUGGGUGGAAUGGGAGGAAUGGGUGGCAUGGGAGGCAUGAUGUAAGCUGGGGAAAGAAGUUUUACCGUCCCGCAAAUGAAGCUGCGUCGGAAGAGUUGGGUCCGUCGCAAAGUCCUAGCAAACUCUACCAACGACGACCAACCUCUUCGGGCAUGCACCUUCGUAUCGCGGGAAAGGAAUCGAAACUCAAUGCAUUUAUUACCACCACCCCGCAACAUCGUUCAACCGCCUAAUCCAUAGAACAGACGCCAAAAUGUAUCUCUCAAGCGGGCGGCGUUCUUGAACAUUCACUAGCCGUAUAGACUUUAGGACACAGAGAGAGAAAUGGUGCAUGUACUGUUGACCUGUAACUGUUUUCCUGCUUGUUUUAGAUUAAAACACACGCGAUCGUCGUCACACGAUCGCUGAAUUCACACAGAAAUCGAAACCACGAAAAGAAGAUCGAGAACGGAGCGAACAAAAACACAAUCAUUAACCUAGGUUAGGCAUAUUAAGAUCAAUAAUCCUCAACCGGUAGAUGGAAGCUCGUCACAGAAAUAGCAUGAAAGUGAUGCAAAAUGAUAAUAAGCCAGGGCGACAGGCGGCGGCUGCGUUUGUUCUAAAAGCGCACACGUUUGUGGGUGUUUGCUAGUUUACUAAGAGAGUUCUUAUAUGUUUCCGUUGGCUUUCGGAUUAGUUUGAGAAAGAAUUGAAUGACAAACGUUCCCAGUUGAUUUUAGAGUAGUGACCGGUAGUAGACGCGGAUGUAGAUGUUCAUUUUCUUCGCUAAUGUUAGUGUUUUUCUUUCUUUUCUCUCUAUGAGGGUUAUUGGUUUUUGUUUGUAUGCAUGGGCCAGGGCAAGCCACUGGCUCGUGGAAUGGGGGAACGUAUGCCACAAACUGUUAGAACGAUAGAAACUGCUCGUCGAGUCAGCUCAAGUUCGUGACAGCAUCAAUAAAAGUUAAGUAGAGUAGUAGAGUGUAGAAGCCAGCGAGCAGGAAGCAUCUGUGUGCCUCUG